CCUCUGAAGAGCCCUGGCAUCAGGAUGCUGCCUCUCAACUUCCCCCUGCCCUCCCCUGGCUCCGCCCCACCUGCUACCUCAGUAACCCCCACCAGCCCAGUCACCUCUCCUGUAACUGAAAGCCCCGCCUCUUUCGAGGAUCCUGCCACUGUGGCGGAGGGAUCGGUCCUGCAGAGCAUCAACAAGGGCAGAGCUCGCCACUCCAUCCGCCGCCGUCCGCCAUCACGCCGCCACAGGACAUCCAGCAGCGGAGAGGUGGAGGCCAAAGACGCAGCAGACACACAGGUGAGCUCCACAACUGACCCCGCUGACAAAACUGCAGCAGGCGGCGAGCAGGACGGCGAGCAGGGCGGCGAGGGUGACGUGUUCAAGAAGGAGGAUCAAACAGACGCCCCAACAGCUCCUGAGAAAAAACAAACUCACGAAGAGGAAGAGCCGAAGAGCGGCGACGGUGAUGUGAAGGAGGGAGAGAAAGGGUCUGCAGAAGAAGAGGAGGCACCAUCAUCAUCAGAGAAGAAGGAGGAGGAGCUGAGGUCGCCAGAGACGCAGAAACAGGACCCGACCGAAGACGCUACACUGACAGACGGCAAAGAAGAAGAACAGAGCGAGGAGGCAGCGAGCUCAGCCCGAUGACGACCACGCGGAGCCCCUGGAGUGCUGGGAGAGAAACCCCGUAUCAGCUACACCUGACUGAAGAGGCCUGCAGACGCUCUGGAGGCGAAUAUUUAGAAACUCUGAGGCGCUGCUCGCCAUCUGCGAAUGAGCGAAGACGCUCGGCCAAUCGUGCAACGGUCCAGCCAAGCUUGUUCGCUUCUGUCCACUCAACGCCUUUCCACACCACAACACUUCCUGUUCAGCCAUAUAUACUGUGACCUGUCUGUUCUUACUGUGUGCUGCCUUCCAUGAUGAUGAUGAUGAUGAUGAUGAUGAUGAUGAUGAUGAUGA